AGCACUCAUGGCGAUGACAAUGGUUUAUUGAUAUGAAUUACGUGACUAACCCUGUCUUCUGAGUUGUGAUUUGAUUUACGUUUUAGAAAGACUGUCUUAACUGUCAGGAAUGAAAAAUAUUGCUAUUUUAAAUACAACCAUCGGUCGAUUAAUUUCAAGAACGAAGUUGUAUUUUUGAUUCAUAAUGGCGAUCCAUUUUCAAAGAGGUACGGCGCACAUAGAUUGGUGUGAACCAAACUAUGAAUUUUCACCAAAUAUUGCCGAAUUCUUCAACACGAUCAGCAAUUGUAUCUACUUUGUCAUUCCGCCACUCAAUAUAUACUUGUUCUCAGAGUAUUCAAGCAAAGUUGGCCAGAGUUUUAAUGUAGUAUGGCUUCUCAUGAUGGUCAUUGGUGCUAGCUCUGCGUACUUCCAUGCUACUCUUAGUCUUGUUGGUCAACUGCUUGAUGAGGUAGCUAUAUUGUGGGUUUUGCUAGCAGGAUAUACCUUGUGGACUCCUGAAUGGAUGAUAAAGAACAUGGGCCUCUUCAAAACAAGAAACGCUUUCAUAUUAUCUGCUGUUCUUUUGGCUGUAAUAGCUACCAUCUUGGGAUUCAUCUAUCCUGCUGCAAAUGCCAUAGCCCUAAUGAUCCUUGGAGCUCCUUGUGUACCUAUCUUGUGGAAACAAAUUCAGAGAUGUAACAGUAUUAAGGUGGUGAAGCUAGCCCAUAUUGGCAUACUCUGGUGGUUCAUUGCCGUCAUGUUGUGGCUUAGCGAUCGCCUUUUCUGUGACAUAUGGAAAACUAUUGCUUUUCCAUACUUUCAUUGUGCCUGGCAUGUUUUUAUUCUCCUUGGAUCGAACAUUGCCUGUGUCCUUGGCUGUUAUUUUCAUGUACACACAGAACACAAGGAAUUCAACUCAGAUUUAAAUUUUUGGCCACCCGUCUUUGGUAAUUGGGGCUUGCCAUACAUAACCAUCAGGAAAAAGAUUUAUGAAAAGAACACCUAGAUGGACAUGUGAAGAUUGAACACAAUUUAAAUUUCAUCUUAUUUUACGUUUACUGAAACUAUUGUUAUUGAGGUUAUGAAAUAAGAUCUAUUUAAAAAGGGCAUUUUAAUCACAGAAACUACCUAUAAAAACAAACAUUGCAAAGAAUAUUUAUAUUUACUAAAUAUUUUAAAUUGGGUAAUAUAUAUAUUAUUGUAAGUUAUUAUAAAGUUAUACAUUAAAUUAUUUGAUGAAACUGCGUAAAGGUUUUUGUUUGCACUCGUGCAUAAA